CUGCAACCCCGCCACUAGUGAAUUUAACCUGUCACUCGUUAAUCUGUUACUUCAUUUCUCGUUAGUCUCUAGUCAAUGAUCAUGUCUCUCGCGGAGUGGUAUGAAAGUCGCGAAAUACUGGUGACGGGUGUUACCGGUGAAGUGGGACGUAUUUUGCUUGAAAAAAUUUUAAGAACACUGCCAAAUGUCAAAUUAUACACGAUAGUGAGAUCUCGUGAUGGACUCACCAAGGAUGAACGCCUCAAAAAAAUAUUCUCAUCAUCUGGGUUUGAGCGACUUCGCCAGGAGAAUCCCGAUGCAAUAACGCAUGUCCGCACGUUUGAGGGGAACCUGGUCUACAGUAAUUUGGGACUCAGUCCAGAAGACUGUGACAACUUGAAAAAUGUCCAAAUGAUGUUUCACACCGGCGGAUCGACUGAUUGUGUUUACGAAUUUUGUAAAACCUCAUUGCCGAACCUUCGGGUACUAGCUAUUGCAACUAAUCUUCGAUAUCAUGAAAAUAUCUCAGAAGUUUCUCUCGAGGAUGAGGAAAAAAUACAGAAUAUACCUCUUGCUUUAUUGCGGUUACCGACAGUCGGACCGGCCUGUUAUGAACCAAUGCCGGGUUUCACGGAAAUUUUGAGAGGUCCUACGGCAUUGAUGAUUGGCGCUGGUUUUGCACUCGGACGAACUGACAUACCGGCUGAAGUCGUACCCGUUGACUUUGCGGUGAAUGCACUCAUAGUUGCUGCAUGGGAACGAGGAACCAGGAAUAAAGAUGAAGGGGCAGCGGUAUAUAAUGUUCCAGUCAUCGGAUGCACUUGGGGCGAAUUGGUUAGAAAGGGCCAAUUAGCACGGCGUAACUUUCCUUAUCCCACGUUUGGUAUUCAGGGUAUGACAUCAAUAGGAUGGUUGCACUGGACUGUAGUCUUCUUUCUAGAAUGGCUACCUUCGGUGUUAUGUGAUUGUGUCCUCAAUAUUUUUGGAGGAAAAUCGCGAUGCGUCGCGGAAUAUGACAAAGUACGCAAGGCAUUGCAGGCAAUGGAGAAGAUAACAACGAAGCCGUUAACUAUCGAGAGAUCAGCCUAUCGCCGUCUAGAGGAGCGCCUCACACCAGAAGAUAGAGAAAAGUAUCCCAUAUUCUGCGACAUCGAUUUAGAAGCUUACAUCAUGUGCGCAGCUGCUUCUGCGAAGAAGAAUUGCAUCAAUGAGAGCAACGCCCAAUUUAUUGGAAAUCUCAAGAAAAUACUCCUUACACUUUUUCUUGCAUUCUUAGUUUAUCUUCUCAUGGGCUUUAGAAAUUAGUUGAUGUUCGGAUAUGUUAACUAGACGUUAUGUCUAUAGUGUGAGAAUAUAGGAGAAACAUGGGGUUAUCCGAUACACGAAAAAAAUGUCAUUAGCUACAGUCAUAGAAAGGUUUAUUGAUUCUCAACGGAAUGUAUUAACUAUUACCGAAUGGUAGACUUACAUAUGACCUAAUGAAUAUUUGUCAGUAAUUAACGAAUGGCGAAAGCCAAACCAGGAAUGAUCGUUUGGCGAAACGUGCCUGGGUAGGUUUUUCCUUCAAGGUGAGACAUUUCCUUGUUCUUCAGCGAAUAGGGUACAAACGAUUGGGAACAACUCGUAAAAACCCGAAAGGGCAUACGAAGAGAAAAAAAAUUAUUAUUAUUAUAAUACUAAACGAAAUGUUUACUUCAACAAAUUCAGUGAAUGGUUGACAGUUAGUGGAAUUUAAAGCCGGUGAAAGUUCAAUGAAUGCAGGUGAAGUAAAUGCAACAUGGCAGAAAAUGGUCUUAAGUAAAGAAAUAUGUUUUAAAUGGAUCGGUCAUUCAUGUUGAGCUUGCUGGAGCUUGCAUAAUUUAAUAUGAGAAACAAAAAAUUUUUCUAUUUGGUGAAUUAUUCAGUACUAAUGACAUUGUCCUGUUGAUUAUGAAAUAUCAGUAAUGACAACUUUAUAAGGAAAAUGAAGAAAUUCUGAACGUAUCGCGUACGAGACUACGCAUAAAGCGGAAGUUGGAAUUUGUAGGAGACUCACGAAAUUGGCAUGGAAAAUAGCAUUUUGGUAUACAGUCGAAUGACAUUUUAGCGGUUAACACCAAAGUUCUACCUUCGAUUUCCUGAGAGGCCGAUGUAUACUCACCUCUUUGUGUUCUCAUUUUCAAGCAGAAAUUUCUAAGCUUCAACAACUUUGUCAAACUCGUGUGCACCGCAGUUGGACGAGCGUCUCGAGAGUUAUCAUAACUCAAUGGUGACUCGGCGGAGACAUUAUCCAGCAAGAGAUAAGGCGGAGCUGUGUAUCACUUGCUACAAGAUUUUCCAGAUGGCCUUGUUCCACGCUUCGUGACGUUGUAAAGACUGGAGAUGCUGACAAUUGUUUCGGGAUUCUCUGGCCAUAGCGUACGCUAUAAAAGUUGCACUCGUUGGAACUCCUUCAUAGAAGAAAGAGUGCACUCAACUCUAUUCUCUAUUAAAAAAAAAUAAACAGGCACUGAAAAUAAUUUUUUUUCAAAUGGUCCUAAUAGCCGGUGCGUUUCAAAAUUACUGAAAUUUUUCUAAAGAAACUUUUGAUAUUUGACCACGAAAAAAUGAUUACCAUUCCACGAAUAUUCACUAUGCUAUAUCAUAAUUAGUUUUCACACUUUCAAAUCUCCAUUUUUACUGUCCUUUACCUCAAUUUAUUUUUUUUUCAUAAAAAUAUUAAAUAUGAAACAUUUAUGCUCGCCGUCUCGUGCCACUACAAUCAUGGCAUUUUUCCUGCCAUCAAGUUUCUUUACAAAAUAAAUCUUUGUUCAAUAAGGAGUAAAAUAA